UUAUAGGUCUCAAGAGUUGCCGCAUGAUCCUCUCCAUUCCAUUACAUAUAGCAUAUUCCACCAGUCUUCCCAGAGAUCAACUAUGGACUUACAUAUGCCUACUCAAUCUCCAAAACACAACUGCAUCUGCAUCAUCACUCUUAGAAUCCCAACACCACCCAUCAGCUGCCUGGCAAUCAAUACCACCUUCCUUUACGCAGCCUCCAUCAAUGAAAUCAAUGUCUUUGAUUUAUCCAACUAUGUCCACGCUGAUACCUUUACUACCAGUGAUCCAUCUUCCGGCUGCAUCAAGUCCAUUGCAUUCCACAACAAUAAAGUCUUCACUGCUCAUCAGGACUGCAAGAUCAGAGUCUGGCAAAUCACUCAUUCUAAACACCACCACCUUGUCUCCACGCUCCCUACUGUCAAAGACUGGCUUCGCCAUUUUGUGUUGCCUAGAAACUACGUUAACGUUAGGCGUCACAAGAAGCGGCUUUGGAUCGAACACUGGGAUACAGUUUCUGGGUUAGCUGUGCAUGGAGGGUUAAUAUACUCAGUUUCUUGGGAUAAGAGUUUUAAGAUAUGGAAUGUGGAAAAUAAUAGGUGUUUAGAGUCAGUAUUAGCACAUCAUGACGCUGUUAAUACAGUGGCUGUGUCUGAUAAUGGAACUGUUUACACAGGUUCUGCUGAUGGGUUAAUUAGAGUUUGGGAGAAGGUUGGCAAGGGGAGAAAGCACCGUUUGGUUUCUACUCUGGAGAAGCAUAAGUCAACGAUAAAUGCACUUGUGUUAAAUGGUGAUGGGUCGGUGCUGUUCUCCGGUAGCUGUGAUCGUUCGAUCAUGGUGUGGGAGAGGAAGAAGGAAGUUGAUGAAAAUGAACAUCAAAUGGUGUUUGCGGAGGCAUUAUGGGGACACGAAGGGGCAAUAUUAUGCAUGAUGACUAGAAAUCAAUUGCUAGUGAGUGGAUCAUCAGAUCGGACAGUAAGGAUUUGGCAAAAAAGGCAAAUGAAAGGAUAUAGCUGUGUGGCAGUUUUGGAGGGGCAUGAAAGGCCGGUAAAGUCGCUUGCGGCGGUUGCAGGAGGAGGUGGGUGUAAUAAUUGUGGUUCAUCCUUGUCUGUUUGCAGUGGAAGUCUUGAUGGGGAGAUCAAAAUAUGGGAAGUCUCGGCUGAAACCUAGAGGGUAUCUAUGGUAUAGGUUAUUGGAUAAUUAGCUAGUGAUUAAUGAAAUAGUCUUACAUGUGAAGCUUGCUCAUAAUAAUUAAUUGGAAAUGAACUAAGAAUUAGAGAGAGAAAACGUCUCAAUUAAUUUUGAUUUUCUUUUUUCUAC